AUGAAGGCAUUUCUGCUGUUGCUCGGUAUCUGCUCCGUCGUCACCCCACACCCGACGGCGGAACCAGCACUCACGACUCGAGACGAGGUUAAGCCAGCAGAGUUUGCCUUUGUUUCCAUUGCUUUGCAGCCAGACGGCCGCCAACUCCUCGAGAAAACUCUCCAUCAAGUCUCUGACCCCUCAAGCCCGCAAUACGGGAAAUACCUCAGCCGUGAAGACGCCAAAGCUCUGCUCCGUCCUCGGCAAGGCUCUACCGACACCAUCAAGAAAUGGCUGUCAAAAGCUGGUAUUGCUGCUGAUGAUAUUGAGACUGAUGGACAGUUCAUCCAUGCCCGGAUCAAGACCAAACAGGCUCAGUCUCUGCUGGGGCCCGGUUACAACGCGACUCUGGGUUCGCAGACGAUCCCAGUCCCUUCUCUGCCAAAGGAGAUUGGAACCCAAAUCACGACCAUCCAGUAUGCUCCCAUCGAACUGCCCCCGGCAUUCCCCAUCGACAAUCUGCCUGUCGGAAGCCCGGACCCCAAGCCCGUCAACUACACAGAGAUUCCCGAUGAUUUGGAGGCGUGCAAGUCGGCAAUCACCCCCGGCUGCUUGAGAAAGCUGUAUCAUGUCGGUGAUUAUCGUGCGCGGCCCGAGGCAAAGAAUCUCUUUGGUGUAGCUGGUUUCGUAAAUCAAUCGGCUCAAUUUGAUCAACUCAGCAUUUUUCUCAACAACUUUGCACCCUAUGCAGCCAACGCCAGCUUCUCCGUCGAAACUAUCAAUGGAGGGAGGAACCGUCAGGGGAACAAUGAGUCUCAAGGGGAGGCAAACGCCGACAUCCAGUACGCUAUUUCGAUGGGAUACGACAUCCCGGUUCGCUAUUACGCAACCGGCGGUGAACUUCACGACCUUAUCCCGGACCUGGACCUACCUGAUACAAAGAGCGACUCGCUCGAAGCCUACCUCGAAUUCGCCAGCCACCUCCUAGAUCUCGACGACGACGCGCUGCCCAAGGUGGUCACCAUCUCUUAUGGCGCCAACGAGCAGCUGUUCCCCAAGGCGUACGCCCAGCAAGUCUGUGACAUUUUUGGACAGCUUGGUACCCGUGGCGUCUCCAUUGUCGUGGCUUCUGGCGACAUCGGCCCCGGUGUGUCGUGCCAGUCGAACGACGGCUCGAAAAAGCCAAAGUUUUUGCCGUCGUUUCCCGCAUCGUGCCCCUAUGUGACGAGUGUAGGCGCCACUUCCGGGAUCAACCCCGAAACAGCAGCUAAUUUCUCGUCCGGUGGCUUUUCCGAUUACUUUGGCCGCCCGAAAUGGCAGGAUAAGAGUGUUGGAAGUUACCUCGAGGCGCAUGGAAAGGAGUGGAAGGACUACUACAACCCUGCUGGCAGAGGGUUCCCCGAUGUGGCGGCUCAGGGGAUCAACUAUCUGACUUGGAGUCAUGGAAAUGAGAGCUCAUUCACCGGAACAAGUGUGUCCGCGCCAGCCUUUGCAGGUCUCAUCUCCCUGCUCAACGAUCAUCGACUCCAGAACGGGGAGCCUUCCAUGGGAUUCUUGAACCCUUGGAUCUACAGCAUUGGCAACAAUGCAUUCACAGACAUUACCGAGUCCAAGUCGCUGGGCUGCGACGGCACCAGCAUUUCAGGUCUCAAGUCGCCCGUGAUUCCCAACGCAGGCUGGAGCGCCGUAUCGGGAUGGGAUCCAGUGACGGGAUGGGGCACGCCGUUGUUUGACAAGUUACUGAACUUGUCGUGCGUGAAGAACAUGGUUAAACAAUGA